GCAGCACUCGCGCCCUGCCUCGACUCUGGCCCGGUCAGUCGGACUGCACGGCCCCAGUGGUCACGAUGGUUCGCUCCGAGCUCCUUCUCGCCGCGGCUGGCGCGCUACUGCUGGCCGUGGCCGCCGCUGCGCCCGCGUCAGCACCGAGCACCGCCGGGGAAGGCCAAGGAGGUGCACUUGCAACGACCCCACCAAAAUAUGGAAAUGGAACCGAUUUGAAGGAGGCUGUGCCUGAAAACACGCCUGCGAAAAGUAUUGAACCGAAUCUUGAAUCUACAGUGGAUUUAUCUGCAAGCACUUCUUCUUCAUCUGAAACUGGAGGAAGUAACAGUGAUCUCAAGGGCAUGACUCCAGAAGAAAUUGAAGAGUUCAAAACCUUAUUUCCUGGUGGUGAAUGGAAGGAGCAAUUGAAUGAAGAUUCCAUAUCAUCAGGUGAAGAAAAAAAAGAGACGGAAAGAAAGGAAAGUAAAAAAGAAAGGAGGGAAAGGGAGAAGAAAGAAAAGGAGCAAAAAGAGAAAGAGAGAAAGGAACGAAGAAGGAAGGAAAAAGAGGAAAGAGAAAAGAAGGUGGAGGAGGAAAGAGAAAAGGAGGAAAAAGAGGAGCCAGGAAAAGGAACCGUGGCUGAGGAGAGAAUAAAAGAGGAGGAGAGAGAAAAGAAGGAGGAGGAAAGAGAAAAGGAGAAAAAAGAGGAGCCAGGAAAAGGAACCGUGGCUGAGGAGAGAAUAAAAGAGGAGGAGGAGAGAGAAAAGAACGACAAUGUAGAUAAUGUACAGAAAGAAGAGGAGCAGAGGCAAGCCGAUACGGAGAAAAAGUUAAAUGAUGAGAAAAUGGGAGAGGGUAGCAGUGAGGGUAGCAGUGUAACGGCAGACACCCCCAUCGCGUCCAAGUCCGUGCAGUCGGAACUCGAAGUCAGUGAGUCUUCUUUGCCCCUUGUGUCAGCCGUAGCCCAGCCCCAGCCCCAGCCCCAGCCCCAGCCUCAGCCUCAGGCUGCUGCGUGGACGGCCGCUUCGUCCUGGGGACCGGCACCGGCAUCUCAGGGCUCUGCAGCUCAGCCCGCCUCUUCGGGCCUCGGCCAGCCUCGUAGUGCGACUCAAACCUUUAACAUCAUUUCGUCUUCGCCGAUAUCUUAUCCUGGCACAGCGUCUCAGUCGGUGGCGCCGCCCACUCCAGAGAAUAGCGGCCGGUACACGUUUAAUGUAUCCCCACCCCCCGUUUCCCGGGAGAAGAUCAUCUCUAGCUACCUGCGCGACGUGUUUCAGUUCUCUGACACGAAACAGCUUCUCGACAGCCUGAAGAAUGGACAACCAUUGCAGCCCCAGGACUACAAGGGCGUUACGGUGAACCUCAAGGUCACCGGGUACGACGGCAAACCCGUCGUGAAUCAGGCGGGCCCUUGGACUUCGCGCCCUUACACGGCGCCCCCGGCCCUCGCUGCCCCCGCUGCCCCCGCGCCGACCUUCGCGCCGGCGGCCCCGGCCGCGGCGACCCCCAACGCCGCCCUCCAGGAGGUGACCUACCCGUUGUAUUUCUUGAACUUCCAAGGCAGACAGCUACCCGUGUACGACAGCAACGUGGACACCGCCAAGGUGUUGGCGCAGCUCGAGCAGCUCAAUCAGAUCCACCAGCAACAACAGGAGACGCUGCGCCAGCUGCGCGAGCAGAUGCAGCAGGAGCUCCAGCUUGCCCAGCAGCCCACCCUCUACCACCGGCCGCCCGUCGAUCCGCCGGCCAAGGACACCCAAGUGAUCCAAGUCCCCGUGCCUACGGAGCUCGAGUCCGUUGAGGGCAGCUCCGGUAAAAUCCUGCAGCCCAUCAAGACCUCCCAGGCGAUCCUGACCAUCCCGAGCUCCCCGGACCAGCAGCUGGUGGAGCGGGGCCUGGGCAGCGCGUCGAGCAGUCUGCUGCAGCCCAUCCCUGCCUCCGGGCCGGUCUUCUCCGUUCAAGGGCCCAUGACCGUGGUCGCUAACCAAGGUCCCUCUCCAGCCUGGCAAAGCUACUCCAGCCCUGGCCUUUCGUCCGGUGCAAGCGCGACCCCCAGCUCUGUGUACAACGCUGCGGGAGCCGCUGCCGCCUCCCCGGCAUCCCAUGCGCCUUACAAGGGAGUACUCACCCCUGGAGUGCCCGCUUCCCUGGAAGAGUACGCCAAGUCGCUGGCGGCCGGCGGAGCCUCCUCUGGCUCUGCGGACAACGCCCCCUCUUCUGGUGCCGCCUCCAGUGUCACCUACAGCGCCGCCUCCUCCAGUAGCUCCGGGGCCGCCACCUCUGGCUCCCCCGACCCCCUUGCGCAGUUGAAGUCGCAGCCGACUGCCGGGGGCUCCUCCAGCUCGUCCGCGUCCCUCGCCUCCCCAAACCGGAUCACCUUCACGAUCCCCGGCGCCAACUUCGUGCCGUCGUCGACUCAGUACAGCCAGUACAGCAGCGCUCCCCAGCAGGUGUUUACAUUUACCUCGAGCGCCGCCGCACCGGGUACCGCAAACUACCUGGUUCCUGGUACCAUUCCCGACGUCAGUGCCACUGGUACCAGUGGAGUCCUCAGGCAACUGCCUGCAGGUUACCAGACCACGUUCCUCGCCCCCACGCAGCAGCAGCAGCAGCAGACGACCACCUGGGCGCAGCGUCAGCCCUACACGGUUUCCGUCUAUGCUACGCAGACCAAGUCUUAACGCAAUGUAACGAAAAUGUAAUACGAUACGUGAGCUGCUAUGCUAAAAUAAAUUCAAGUUUCUCAGAA